UUUAUUAUAAUCCCGGGAUUGGGAUGGUGUAGGAGGAAAAUUGGCGAUAAAACAGUGGGUAAAAUAUAUCAAGAAUCCUGUGUGCAAUUUCGUCAAACAUGCCUGGACUUGGGAUCAUUUCGAUAAAGGAUGAGGGUGAAAGUGAAGGAAGCGAAGCUGUCAAAAAAAUCGAUCGUUCAAAAAGAAGACUUAGUCAUAAGUUUCCAUACAUGUCACGGCGGGGGAACGAUAACGAUUUAAAAUACCGUUUACACUAAAACAUCAGAUAAUGCAUACGCUAAUACUUGCAGUAUCUUUUAACCAUUUGAUAUCGGCAAACGAAAAAGGUUCUCCUGGUAUGUGCGAUCAAUCUCAAGACGAGGUUGUGUUUCGUGGCAGCAAAAGAGUGCUAGAUAAUGAACAUAGCACUUUCAAUUUCGAAUUCGAUAAUAAAAUAUACACGAGUCACUUACGGUUACGAAAAUGGUUAAUAGGAUUGUUGAUCUUCUUGCUCGUCUCGUUAAUUGUGAUCAAUACGUUCAACACGGAUCAAUUUCGAGUGAUACGGUACGGAGCCAUUGUCAACGAUAGUUCACAAGAAAAUUACGUAGAAUUGAAACCUUUCUUCGCUUCUAUAACCAACUCUGGUUUCCUGGUUCGCAACAAAGGUUGCCGAAUUCCAGAUAUGGAUCCCUUCGAUUCGGCGAUCGUACAAUUCAUUCAAAGGGAGAAACCACUUGUCUGCGAUCACGGAAAUCAUUUACCAUUGAUCGAUUCAAACGACACUGCAUUGCACGUGAAUCCAGACGCGAUCAACCAUUUUUACAACAAUUCGGAGGAGAUCGAUUGCUGUUGGCGCCCGUUCUGGCGAAUGAAAAACGAGGAUAACAUUGUUACAUAUGGAAACGAGUGUUUCAAAUUCAAAAACUCGACGAUCGUGAACACCGAAUUCGUGAAGGUGGAGUGUUCGCGCAAUAACCAAGUGAUAUAUAAGGAUUAUCACGCAUUUGUGCCCCGUUUCCGAUCGGUGGAAAAGAAAUGCGAAAAAGCCAGAGCUGCCAAUUCGAAAACUGAACAUCUUAGCGUGUUAAUGAUCGGCCUCGACUCGGUUUCCAGAUUAAAUUUUCAUAGAAUGAUGCCGAAAACUGUCCACAUGUUGGAAGAGCUUGGAACGGUAGAAUUGUUGGGCUACACCAAAGUGGCCGAUAACACUUAUCCGAAUUUAGUACCUGUUCUGAGCGGGUUGUCCGCUAGCGAAUUGCACGAUUUGUGUUGGCAAAAGAAAGAUAAAACGUUCGACGAGUGCCCCUUGAUUUGGAAAAAUUUUAGCGCGUCGGGUUAUCGAACAGCUUUUGCCGAGGACGCUUGCGCCAUGACCACGUUCAAUUAUUUGAAACGAGGCUUUCGAAUUCAACCGACCGACUAUUAUCUCAGACCGUUCUGCAUAGCGUCCGAGAAAGAUAUCGGCAAUACGCACAAAUUGAACGCGAAUCUCUGCGUGGGGACCAGGAAAACGUACGACAAUUUGUUAACCUACGCGAAGAAAAUCGCCUCGCAAUUCUCCGCGGAUCCGUAUUUCGCGAUGAUCUGGCAGGCUAGCUUGACCCACGAUUUUUUCAAUUAUCCACAAUUGGGCGACGAAUCUUACUACAAUUUGAUAAGAUAUCUUUACAACGAACGAUUGAUGAACAAAACGGCAUUGAUAGUGAUGAGCGAUCAUGGAAUGAGAUGGGGAAGCUUUCGACAGACUUACCAAGGUAGGAUGGAGGAUAGUCUUCCCUUCGUGUUUCUCGUAUUGCCCCAUUGGUGGAGAGAAAAAUAUCGAAUGGCUUGGACAAAUUUACGAAGAAAUACGCGGAGCCUGACUACAGCUUUUGAUUUGCACGAGACUUUGAUGGAUAUAAUGAAUCUUGAAAAUCUAGAAGAAUCACGUCUUAAGACUCGUCUUUCAAGAACAAUGUCGAAAGAUAAUAAUUUGCCACGCGGGAUCAGUUGGUUCUUGCCGAUUCCUGACUAUAGAACGUGUACCAUGGCGGGUAUUGCCAGCCAUUGGUGUAUGUGUCACAACAGUUACGACGUUUCUGCGCAGGACGAGAAUCUUAGAGAUAAAGCGAUGUUUUUGGUCUCGGAGUUGAAUAACAUGCUGAAGAAAUUCGUGCAAUGCGCGAUUUUGAAGCUGAAAGAAAUUAAAGCUGCAAAAGCGUGGAGGGACGAGGAUGAGCAAAGUCAACUCGUAGAUUACACGAUCACGGUUGAAACGGAACCUGGUAACGCGAUAUUCGAGGGCACGAUACGGUACAGAAGCGAGAACAAGACUAACAAGUUGGUAGGAUCGGUUAGCAGAUUGAACGCAUAUGGGAAACAGAGUGCCUGUGUCGAUGAAUUCAAUAUGAGAUUAUAUUGUUAUUGUUUAUAACUUUCAAUUUUUUCGAUAUUUUUUAUCAUUUUUCUUUCUCUCUUUGAAGAACUUUCUCUUUAAAAAAAAAAAAAAAAAAACGAAUUUUACUCAGGAUUUCGGUAGUAUUGAAUGAAGUUAAUACGGUAGCCAGUAUACUGGUACAAAAAAAAUCACACUGUGAUAAGAUACUUGCUUUAAAUAUGUA